CCAUGAAUUUUACAUAACAUUGUUAUGCAUUGUCUCUGGUGCGGUUGACGGAAAAACCAGCUUACCGGAGUGGCUAGAUUUGUCUAGCUAAUGUCUGAAUGUUGGUCAGUUCCGGUAAUCCCUCAAAUCUCACAUAACACACGUUAGGGUACAAUACCGGUAUCCUCGACCGAAAGCCAGAAAAACUUGAAUCAGUAUUCUAGAAUAGAAACUAAAUCUCUUUGUUGUAACAAUAAAGUCACUGAAUAUUAAAAUGACAUUUUCAAUUUUUGCUAAAAAUAGAGGGAUAAGACUUUUUGUUCAUAUGCGUUAUUUACUUGUCCUACAAACAUGUUCCUCUUGCUAUGUUUAAAACAAUUGAUAAACCAUUUUAAAUUGCACAGAUAUUGAAAAUGUAGCUAUAAGGCUCAAGUUAUGGAGUCUAAUUUGCUAGAAUCACUGCCUAGGCAUGAUGUUCUGUAUCAUAAUGUAUUCAAGUAUUUAUCUAUGAUCGAUUUAUUCCGGCUACGUGCAGUAUGUCGACAACUUCACAAUAUGAUGGAGGAAUAUUUUUCUCAAUGCCAUCAUAUCCAUAUCAAAGACUCUGAUGGUAUAGCGGAUGCUACCACAUUUGAAAUAUUAACAAAAAGCAAUUCAUCACUCCGGACCAUUGUUAUCCCCAAUAUCGGAGAUUGGAUAGACGACAACCUUCUUGUUCCAGUUAUAAAUGACUGCCCCAAUUUAUCGAUCCUUAAUUUAUCACAAUGUAAGGGUUUAACAAAUAGAAGUCUAUGCAUAUUAGGAAUGUACUGUGAAAACCUUACUCAUUUACGUCUGAAGGGUUGUACAUGGGUUGACCACGACAAUUUUAUGGUGUUCAUUUCCAACAACAGAAAACUGAAACUACUGGAUUUACAGAAAUGUUCUUUGCUAGAUGAUGAAUGUGUGGAGUUCAUGUCCAAAUGCUGCCCAAACUUGGAAUAUUUGAACAUAUCAGAAAUUAACCAAUUGACUGACCAAAGCCUUGACGCCAUUGCAAAAAAUUGCCGCAAGUUAAAGCAUUUGGAUAUCAUAGAGUGCUGGAAAAUGACAGAUUCUGGUGUAAAGAUAAUAAAGGAAUAUUGUCAAGAAUUGGAGACACUUAAUUGCGAACACUGUACUAGCAUUUCCGAGGAUACACUCGAGCCACUUCGUGUCAGAGGAGUUAGCGUAGACAUUCAAGGACGUUUGGAAAUAACUCUACGAAGACUGGAACAUGUGAUUGACUAUCUUUCUCCUUUAGUUAGGCAACUAAACCACAACCUGUGAUUUUAUAUGGAGCAAUAUAUAUUAGUAUUUAUAAAGUA